AUGGUAUUUCCUUCUGAUUAUCCUGAUGAAUUAUUUCGUGAAAAGCCUAAAGGAAUGAAAAUAAUUUUACAAGAGCAUAAUUUAUGGGGGUCUGAAUUAAAGUUUUCUGUGUAUUAUCUGCUAGUAACUUGA